AUGGAGGAGGAGCGGAAAAUGAUUGUCGCCCGAACCGAUUUCGAUCAGCAUGCGGUUGAGAUGGGAAAAUGGCUCGCCGGUUACUUCGACGACGCGGGGUACACCGAUUGGAUGUCCACGCCGCACAUUUUUAAGGCGAUGAUUGUUGGCGCGUUUCCGCCAAUCACGCCUUUAGAUGGGACCCGGGUGGAUUACGAAACAGUGGGCAUAGAGAAACUCUACGUGGGAUAUAUGAAGGCGUCCGAUCGGUUACUGGGGAACAGGAUCGCGACGCAGAAGGACAAGGGAAACAAUUUGGGAGGGGCGACGAAGGACAAAACGCAAUUCAUGGGAAUUACCAGGAUGAUGAGCCACAUAAAGCCGAAGUAAGGAGGAUGACCAGGAUGAUGAGCCACGGACAGCCGAAGUAAGGAGGAUGACCAGGAUGAGCCGCGGAAAGCCGAAGUGAGCCUGUUGAAGGCUUGGUCUUUUCUUUGUUGAGGAUGAGCUGUCGGACUGGCGGGCGUGAGGGAGAUCAUAGUGGACUUAAGUCACUGGGGUAGGCGCUUGCGGGGAUCGGGAAAGUUCUUCGGAAAACGCAAAUGUGUAUUUCACCACCUUUACUUUUUAGACUAGACUUCUGUCAGCGUUAGCUAUAGCGAACCCAGAGAUUACACACGUCAUCGUUGCAACUGCAUUUAGGAAGCGCAGGAGUGUUGCUUCCUCGGUAAUUGUUCUAUCUAGUCUAGUGGCUACAACGUUGUCUGCGUUUCCGCCGGCUUUUUACCGGUGUAUACCGUUGAUGUUGCUUAAUAGAGAUUUGAUUUUUACUCUUGCAUCCUUCUGCACCAUUGCCUGUGCAUUCUUUAUUCAAUACUAGUCAUUGUUCUACUAGACGCUCAUGAUACUGACCUCUAGACUAAAAAAUUGUGUUUGAUUUAUUAGCUAGUCUCUAUCCUUGCUUGCAAAGCGAUCGAUUUGAUAAUCUUGAACUUUUCUUUUAAUUCGAAGGACUUGUUGUCCUGGAACGGGAGCCAAAUAGUAACAAGAUUCGGGAAAAUGAAAGAACAGACAUUUUUCUUACUGAGCUGCAU